AUGACGACCGAAAUCGUGAGCCAGGUUGAGGCUGCUCUACCAGCAUCCAUUGCCACUGAAAAACCUACCGAACAUAUCGCCCUUCGGGCAGACUCUCCCAUCGAGCAAGAUAAGCCAGUAGACCGAGAUACGACUGUCGAGCAAGCAAAAUCUGUGCAGCCAAAACAGCUAGUCGAGGAGACCGAGCCAGGUGUCAAAGAAAAACCCAAAGUCCGCCGCGUCAUUGAUGAAGAGGGCGGCACUACUACUGCGACUUACCCACACUAUUUGCCAGUGUGGGACCACGGUGAAAGAUACCCGCCUUGGGAGCCGUUCAACCAUACUGAGCAUGGCAAAGACGCUGACCCCAGCUUCAAGGACCUCCUUGUUGAAGGGUCAAAGCUCCAACAUUUGACUCCCUCAACUGGGUCCGAAGUGACCGGUGUACAGUUGAGUAAGCUUAGCAACGCUGGUAAAGACCAACUUGCGCUUCUCGUCGCUCAGCGAAAGGUCGUAGCAUUUAGAGACCAGGACCUCGCAGAUCUUCCCAUUCAGCAGGCUUUGGACUUUGGUGCAUACUUCGGAAGGCACCACAUCCAUCCUACCAGCGGUGCGCCCGAGGGUUACCCAGAGAUCCACCUUGUAUAUCGCAAUGGCGGCAAUGGCGAGUUCGAAAGCUUCCUCGCAAACCGAAACAGCAGUGUCGCAUGGCACUCAGAUGUAACGUAUGAGGAACAGCCUCCGGGAACAACAUUUCUUAUCAUCCUCGAUACGCCGGAGGUCGGUGGUGACACUGCUUUCGUCAAUCAUGUCGAAGCAUACAAUCGCCUUUCACCAGCCCUCAAAGAGCGCCUCCAUGGGCUUACGGCGUUACACUCUGGUUUCGAACAGGCUGAGUUCAGCAGGAGUCGUGGUGGUGUUGUUCGACGGGAGCCUGUCAAACACUCUCAUCCCCUCGUAAGGACACAUCCUGCCACUGGAGAGAAAGCACUGUUUGUGAACGGUGGAUUUACUCGCUCUAUUGAUGGGCUGAAGAAGGAAGAAAGCGAGUACCUGCUCAAGUUCCUUGUAGACCACAUCGGUCGCGGUAUAGAUUACCAGGCACGCGUGCGCUGGGCACCGAAGACCGUGGUAGUAUGGGAUAAUAGGGUCACUUCACACUCUGCGAUUGUCGACUGGGUAACAGGGGAGCGUCGUCAUCUUGCAAGAAUAACCCCCCAGGCGGAACGACCAUACGAAACUCCGUAUGUGGCGGAAGCUAAAUAA